UGCCACACGAAUUUUCCCACGGUCACUAAUACUAGGGCAUUUUCAUACCUUUCCGUCAAGCCACUCGUCGUCGUCUUCAAUCAUGUCGAACUUUGCGUUGCCCUCGCGUCAAGUGACGUUUUCGCGUCCGGCCAAUGUACCCCAGCAACAAUACCAGCAGAUGCAAGUGCAGCAGCCGAGCACUAGCACUGGCCUUGCCCUGCCCUAUGCAUCCAAUUCCUACCUCCCGGGGCCAUCGACGCAGACGAGUCUGGCUCUUCCCGGUCCUGCGCCAACGGCGCCCUCCGUUUCUCCUUACCAAGCACAGCAGCAGCAAUCGCAGCCUGCCGCAUCGUCAUACCAGCGGGGUCAGACCCUGGCUCAGGCGCAACCGCAACAGAAGCAGUCUCAACCCCAAUCACCUUCUCAGACGGCGGUUGGUCCCAGUCAGCUGGCACCCCUUACUGUCCCUUCCACGCCAAGCGCCAUCCCGGCGACGCCUGUGCCGUUGACCCUUGAGCAGACCCAUAUCACUGCCGUCGAGGGCAUCGUCCCGACGCUGCAAAACAUUGUCGCGACGGUCAAUCUCGAUUGCCGGCUAGACUUGAAAACAAUCGCGCUGCAUGCCCGUAACGCUGAAUAUAAUCCUAAGCGUUUCGCAGCCGUGAUCAUGCGUAUCCGUGAUCCGAAGACGACCGCGCUCAUCUUCGCGUCGGGCAAGAUGGUCGUGACGGGUGCGAAGAGCGAGGACGACUCGCGGCUCGCCUCGCGCAAGUACGCGCGGAUUGUGCAGAAGCUCGGCUUCGACGCCAAGUUCUCUGAAUUCAAGAUCCAAAAUAUCGUCGGUAGCUGUGAUGUGAAGUUCCCCAUCCGUUUGGAGGGCCUCGCGUACAGCCACGGGCAGUUCAGCAGCUAUGAGCCAGAGCUAUUCCCUGGACUCAUCUAUCGUAUGUUGAAGCCCAAGGUCGUGCUCCUCAUUUUCGUGUCGGGCAAGAUCGUGCUUACAGGCGCAAAGGUCCGAGAAGAGAUCUACACCGCGUUCAACACGAUAUACACCGUGCUGUGCGAGUUCCGGAAACCGUAGACUUCCUCACCUUCACAACACUUUUAUGAUACAACUUCUUUCGUCAUCGUCAUCGCCCCACCCCUCGUCGGCACCCGCAAGUGCUCUAGAACGCGUGGCUCAGGCGACGAGGGGUUGGGGCGCAGGGUUCUGCUGCUGGGUGUUAGGAUGACGAUAUGCUGAAAAUGCCGGACCUUCUAUGAAGCUGACCAUACCUUGUCGCUCCCUUGCAUCACUAUUGUAACAACGACUUAAACUCAUACUCUAUGAUUAUUGUCUGUAUAGCAUUGUAUCAAAUAAAGCAUACCAGUUAUCAAUUCCAAAGGUACGAAGAUGCAUCUUACGACGAC